CUGCACAAUGUUCUAUUGCUGCAAUUUCGCACUUUAGUGCUCUGUUCAGUCUCCCUUUCAUCAUCAUCACUUUGCCAGACACACAAUGGCACACGCAGAGUACCAACGCGACCCAUGUCCGUAUCGCAUUUUGGACGAUCUCGGCGGCGGCUUCGCCAUGGGCACCGUCGGCGGUUCGCUCUUCCACGCGCUUCGCGGCUACCGAAACUCACCAAAGGGUCAAAGAAUGUCGGGCAUGGUCUCGGCCGUCAAGAUGCGUGGUCAAGCAUACGGCACCGGUUUCGCCAUGUGGGCUGGCACAUUCUCGACGUUCGAUUGCGUCUUUAUGUACUACCGCGGCAAGGAGGAUCCUUGGAACGCUAUCGGCGCUGGAGCAGUCACUGGCGCUGUGCUCGCUGCACGAAGCGGACCUGCUGCUAUGGCUACUAACGCUGUCGUGGGCGCAAUCAUUCUCGGUGUUAUGGAGGGUGCUGCGCUCAUGAUGAAUAAGAUGGCUUCCGAUUCAUCCCGUCCAGUCAUGCCAGAGCUGCCACAAGUGCCGGUAUCUCUCAACUCACCAAAGCCUGCACCAGCCCUCGACUAAGCAUCUUUACGCAGAUGCUGCAUUUCCUGUUUCUUUGUCUCCCGUUCGGAUUUUUUCAAUGAAUUCCCUUUCCAGUCACCUUUUGCCUGAAUAAAAUGGCUUAAAUUGUAUUUUUUUGCUCGCUGUGUCGCUUUUCUGGCAUUGAAAACAGGUCCUUUCUUGGGGCACAAUUUUUGUAACAACAGCUUUAUUACAGCACA